AUGCCGAGCCAGCCUUUGGCCGGCCAGCCCAAACAGCACCGUGGCAUCCUUCUCCCAGAGCUGCUGCAGGGUCUCCAGCUGGCCUGGAUCAUCCUCACCUCUUCCUCCGCUCCUGGUCCAGCCUUCCUCAGCCCCAGGGUGCGGCCUCGGGGGCUGGAGCAUCUGAGCCCCCCACUUCUCCAGGAGGAGCCCCAGAAAGACUCUCGGAGGGUGCACCGGCGAGAUGUCCUUGAAAAUGCUGAAGUUGAGCCCGAGGAGCUGGAGGACACCUCCCAGGUGAUUCUCUUCCCUUCCACAGACGUGCCCUGUGAGCCCACGCAGCCGGACAAGCUGCUGGAGGAAGAAGGGAUUUUCACCUACCUCUUCCAGCCCUCGGUGCACACCCUGAGCCGCGCGGUGACCUCUGCCCAGCUCUGGUUUUACACCGGCCCCUCAGCCGCCCCCAACCACUCGGCCCCCGACGUGCUGACCCUGUCACCGCAGGGCCGUGUCUCGGUGACGGCCACGGUGGUGCGGACACCCGAGCACUGGACAGUGUUUCACUUCGCCCCGGCGCUGCUGCCCCAGCUCUCGCAGCCGCUCUUCGUGCUCCUGGUGCGCUGUCCUGGCUGCCCCUGCCUGGCUGAGGAGGACAAGAUGCCCUUCUUGGUGGCCACCACCCGGGCCAAGGGUGGCGAGAGGGCUCGCCGCUCCGCCAUGCCCUGGUCCCCGGCUGCCCUCAGCCUGCUGCAGCGCCCGUCUGAGGACCUGGCCGCCCACACCAACUGCCGCAGGGCUUCCCUCAACAUCUCCUUCGAAGAGCUGGGCUGGGACAAGUGGAUCGUGCAUCCCAGCAGCUUCGUUUUCCACUACUGCCACGGGAGCUGUGCCGAGGGCCACGGGCUGAGCCACCGCCUGGGCGUGCAGCUCUGCUGCGCUGCCCUGCCCGGCACCAUGCGCUCCCUGCGCGUCCGCACCACCUCCGACGGCGGGUACUCCUUCAAGUACGAGACGGUGCCCAACAUCCUGGCCCAGGACUGCACCUGUGUCUAG